GGGGGCGGGGCCACAGCGCAGAGACAAGAUGGCGGCGGAAGAGAGUUCAAAUGGUCCAGUUCGACGUUCCAUGCAUGAGAAAGCAGUUGAUCGUAGAAAUAUAAACAAGGAGCACAACAGCAACUUCAAGGCUGGAUAUGUUCCUAUUGAUGAAGAGAGACUGCAUAGGACAGGAUUGAGAGGUCGUAAAGGCAACCUGGCCAUUUGUGUAAUUGUCCUGAUGUUUAUCUUGGCAGUGAUUAAUUUAAUUAUUACGCUUGUUAUCUGGGCAGUAAUUCGCAUUGGUCCAAAUGGCUGUGAUAGUAUGGAGUUUCACGAGGAAGGGUUGCUACGGUUCAAACAGGAAUCUGACAUGGGAGUGGUAUAUCCCAUGCACAAGAGUACUGUGGGAGGCAGAAGAGAUGAAGACUUGUUAAUCACUGGCAAUAAUCAACCAGUGGUGUUUCAGCAGGGAACCACCAAGCUCAGUGUAGAGAAAGAUAAAACCUCCAUCACUAGUGAUAUUGGAAUGUCGUUCGUUGAUCCCCGGACCCAGAAAACUGUGUUUAGCACUGACUAUGAUACCCACGAGUUCCAUUUGCCCAAAGGUGUGAAGACACUGAAUGUGCAAAAGGCAUCCACAGAGAGGAUAACAAGCAAUCAUAGCACUGAUCUUCAGAUUCAUGCUGGUGGCCGUGUGAUUGUGCGUGGGAAUGAAGGAGUCUUUAUCAUGGGCAAAACCAUUGAAUUUCGCAUGCGAGGUGAUAUGGAACUCAAGGCUGUAAACAGUAUUAUUCUUAACGGCACAGUGAUGAUUAAUACAUCACGGCUUCCAAAUCCAUCAACUGGAGAAUUUCUGGUAGAUGAUGGCUGGGAGCGUUAUAAACUCUGUAUGUGUGCAGAUGGAACACUCUUCCGAGUUCCGGUGAAAAACGGAAAUACAGGUUGUCAAACAUCCAACAAUCCCUGUGGAAUCAUGCACUGAAGACGAAAACCUACCAUAUACUGAGAAAUGAGGGGAUAGAUGAUGGCAUACUAACAUUUAUCACUCAAAAAAAAAAGUGGAGCCGGUUUAAUGCAGAUGGGUCACUUAAUUUAUUUUAGUCACUGUUCCUUAUAACCCAAGUGCCUGACUUAAUUUGAGUAUACAUUACAAUAAGAUACAAGAGUUGCAUAGUUCAACAGCAGCUUGAACAAUGGCCUUUUGUUACAAACAGGAAAUAAAUCAAAUUGGCAGGACAAAGUCCGUGUAAUACAGCAGAUAUUGAGUUAAGAGUAUGGAGAGAAUUAAAACUUUGCAUAAAAUUAAACAUAUGGUUUAAAACUGUAAAUAAGGUUCCACUCCAACUCAAAACAUUUUUCUUAAGCUUUCGUUGACUGAAAAUGGCAUAAAUACAUUAAUAUUGAGAACACUUUAGAAUUAUAAAACUAGCUCCACCACCUCAUAUUUUGAGUUUGGCAAUCAGCAUUAUACAAUGAGUUUGUUAUAAAAUCCCUAAUAAAGUAAGCAGUUUAUAUUAAUUGUGGAAUUGGACUAGGAUUUACCUUUUUCUAGAUGUGUAAGUGAGCAACGCGUUGCUUCGAAACGUUAGAAUUGAACUUGUCUUUUAUCACAUGUAAACAUCCCCAAAAAAUCCAUGCAUCAGUAGCUCUCAAUCAAACGGUAAAUAGGGGUAUCUACAGGGAAUCUAAUUUUAUCAUCCUAUCUGGAAGGGAGCAUAUAUCAUGCAUCUAAUUUUGCUAUUCUUGAAUGUACUUUACAACCACUGCAUCACAUUGCAGGGCAUAACAUUGUGGUUAUUGUUGAGGAGACCCAUGAUUCUAGUCCUGUUCAUUUUAACAGAAAGGAGAAUCACAUACGAGCAAUUACACAGCAGAAAACUCAACACUCUACUUUUUUCACAUGUCAUUAGGCUUAAUCCUGGAAGUAGAAGAGGAACGCAGUCAGUGCAGAAAAUUGAUAUUUUUGACUUAAUUUUGGGGAAGGUUGCCAUAAUAAUUCUUUCGAAACAUGAACAAGAGAAUUGUGUAAAAAUAGUUUACCAGCUAUAUUCUAAUUUCAUUGGAAUUACUGUUUACAAAACAAAGAAAAAGUAAUUGAAAAAAACUUAAGAAUUAAUACAAACUUCACUGUUCUACAGUUAGUUCUCAUAAAAUCACAUGGCUAAUAUCUCUUUUUAACAUGUUUCUAAAGUUUAUAUUAACAGUGAUUGGAAAGCUUAAUUAGUUGAAAGUGGCUUGAUAUUUUAAUCUUAUUUGGACAUAUUUUAAGCUGAGCUAAAGAAAUGUUCGAUCUUUAAUUGAUUAAACCAAAAGUCAAAACAUGCUUUAUCUUUCUGAUUUCAUAUACACUACAAAAUGUUUUGUUAGCAAAGAAAAUGACAAACAGUUUAGAUGCAAAAUUAAAUAGUUAUAUUUUUUGAUGGCUUUUCAAAUUAAAAUCCAGAGCAAGCCUGCUUGAAACAUUGUGAAAGAGUAACCUUUGUGACUAAAAAUAGCUUUGGAGAGACUGUUCAUUAAUAACUAGUUAUUUGUAGAGCGUGAAUGCAAAGGUAAUUAAGCUUUGGAGCCAAAGUGCAUUCACUGCACCAUAUAACCAUGAUCUUAUAACUUAAGAUUUAAAGACCAGUUUGUUUUCUGUAGAUGGAAACCAAAAGUUAGCAUAAUCAGAUUGAUGGAUGAGAUUUAGCCCUACUGUUACUAUCACUAAAGAACAUAGGCUUAGGAAGUUGUCAAGAGGUUGCAAAAAGUCACAACACAACUUACAUAGUGCUCCCAUGGCUGAGUCUUGACAAGUGUCUAUAUCUAACUGAAAAAAAUUUUAAAAUAGUCACUAAGUUCGAGUCUGCGUUUUAUUUUAAACAAAUGUGUUUUGGACUUUGAGCUUAAUGCUCAGGAUUAGACAACUAAUCUCUUGUAUAGAGUUGGAGAUCGUGGGAACUGCCGAUGCUGGAGAAUCUGAGAUAACAAGGUGUAGAGCUGGAUGAACACAGCAGGCCAAGCAGCAUCAGAGGAACAGGAAAGCUGACGUAUUGGGUCUGAACCCUUCAGAAAAUUUUCUGAAGAUUUCAUCCAGUUCUACACCUUGUUAUUUAUUGUAUAGAGUUACUGUUUUUGUGUCACACUUGAGUAUUGCUGAACAAAAGAGACAUGUUACCACCUUCCACCCAUCAAGACUAAUACAUAAAACAAUAUCAACAAUCAUAUUACUGGAGAAAAAAGGUGCUGGUAGGCUAGCACAUUUCUUCAGCUGCUCGAUAGUGUAAGUACUUUGUAGUAGAUGCUUUGUUUUGGGUUUAGCAAAAAUGGUGUCUUUGGAUGCAGAGUGCUCAUUACAAACAAUUGAAAUAACAUACUGUUUGAUUUGACCCAAUCACUGGAACUUAUAGUCUACAUAUUGGAUGUAUUGUCAACACCAGUGCUGGUAUAAAUUGUGACCACUUUAAAUUUGACAUUUUUGCAUUUGUCUGGAGUGCAAGAUGGAAAGCUUUGACAGUAUGUUAUUUUUUAAAAAUCCUUUCAUGGGAUGAAAACACCUCUGGCUAGACCAGCAUUUAAUGCCCAUCCCCAAAUGCCCAGGGGAAGUUAAGAGUCACCCACAUUGCUGUGGGUCUGGAGUCACAUAUUGGCCAGACCAGGUAAGGAUAGCGGUUUCCUUCCCUAAAGGACAUUAGUGAGGGUUUUUCUGGAAAUUGACUCAUGGUCAUUGUUAGACUCUGAAUUCUAGAUUUUUAUUGAAUUCAAAUUCCACCAUUUGCAAUGGGCCCCCCAGAAAAUUGCCUGGUUCUCUGGAUUUGCAGUUCAGCGAUAAUACCACUAGGCUGUUGCCUUCCCUUUAAACAGUAUUCAAAUUUUGAACUACUAAGUGAUUGUAUUCCUGAGUCUGUUCUUCAGUAUUGCAUGUGUAUUGUUAAAAAAAUGUAAUAUAGCUAUAAUGGUGCUGCUUCACUAUUCCUCUCUCAUAGACGAGUUUUACACUGAACAGUGUCAUAGCAGAAUACUAUAAUAAUCACUUGUAACUUUACUCAGUUAUUGAUACCAAGUGCUGAAAGCAGCUGAUCAUUGUUACAAAAAGCAAUUUAUUAAAACUUAAUAGAUCACAAGUUUUGUUAUACUGCUGGCAUAGUUUAAUUUAUAUUGAAUCUUAAUCAUUUAAAAAUGCUUUUCAUUUUUGCAGUAUGGGGUUUUUUCAGCCCUUACUACAUGUUUAUAUAUCUGUUUAAAAUAUUGUGAUAGUACACUGUUGCAUGAUGCAAGGAAUUCAGUUUUAAACAGAGAAUGACAGAUGGAUUGCAACUGGUGAUGGAAUUUUUCAAAUCAACUAACUGAAACAUUUAAUCACUUUCUGAAAGGCUAAUUUGCCUCAUCUUAUAUCCAACCUUUUCAGUAAAUACUGCAGUAUCUCUUCAGAUAAAUUUAAAGAGAAAGUUUGAAUACUACUGCCUCUUCAAAAUUUUUUUGGAAUUGUUUUUACUUAGGAACUUCUUCCUCCUCGAGAAAAGCUAUGUCCAACAUUUUGGGAGCUGAAUUGAAUGGCUAAUUAAGUAAAUUAUUUGUGUUUGUAAGAGUUUAUGUACAGAAGUAUGAAUAAAACAGAAAAAGUAAUAAUCUUGACACUUAUUACCCUUUUUCAAAUGCUUAUAAAAAGAACAGAAUAUUUAAUACAUUUUUGCUGAAGUUUGCUGAUUAUUAAUUUAACAUGUUGAACUGAAGUUCUCAAUACAUCAUUCUUGACCAGUAGCUUAUGAGAACAGACUGAAUGGCAAACUUGUUUGACUUAGCAUGGGCACAGUAUAUCUCAGUUGUCUUUACAAUUGUAGGAAACGUUUUAUGAAAGUAUUUAAUGCAGUUGUGUGUUUUGUUUAAUAAAUACUGGUUGUUUGAAUAACA